AUGGCCACGUCAGCGCCACUGCGGAGCCUGGAAGAGGAGGUGACCUGCUCCAUCUGCCUUGAUUACCUGCGGGACCCGGUGACCAUUGACUGCGGUCACGUCUUCUGCCGCAGCUGUACCACCGACAUCCACCCUGUCUCGGGGGGCCGCCCCGUCUGCCCCCUGUGCAAGAAACCUUUUACAAAGGAGAAUAUCAGGCCUGUGUGGCAGCUGGCCAGCCUGGUGGAGAACAUCGAGCGGCUGAAGGUGGACACGGGCCGGCAGCCGGGGGAGGUGGCCCGGGAGCAGCAGGACACAAGGCUGUGCGAGCGACACCAGGAGAAACUGCACUACUACUGCGAGGACGAUGGCAAGCUGCUGUGCGUCAUGUGCCGCGAGUCCCGGGAGCACAGGCCCCACACGGCCGUCCUGGUGGAGAAGGCCGCCCAGCCCCACAGGGAGAAAAUCCUGAACCACCUGAGUACCCUAAGGAGAGACAGAGACAAAAUUCAGGGCUUUCAGGCCAAGGGAGAAGCUGAUAUCCUGGCUGAGCUGAAGAAGCUCCAGGACCAGAGGCAGCGCAUCCUGGCUGCAUUUGAACAGGGCCACCAGUUCCUGUGGGAGCGGGAGCAGCACCUGCUGGACCAGCUGGCGAAGCUGGAGCAGGAGGUCACAGAGGGCAGGGAGAAGUACAAGACCAGGGGCGUCGGGGAGCUUGCCCGGCUGGCGCAGGUCAUCUCUGAGCUGGAGGGCAAGGCGCAGCAGCCGGCUGCAGAGCUCAUGCAGGAUACCAGAGACUUCUUAACCAGAUAUCCACGGAAGAAGUUCUGGAUUGGGAAACCCAUUGCUCGGGUGGUUAAAAAGAGGACAGGAGAAUUCUCAGAUAAACUCCUGUCUCUGCAGCGAGGCCUGCGAGAAUUCCAAGGGAAGCUGCUGAGAGACUUAGAAUAUAAGACAGUGAGCGUCACCCUUGACCCCCAGUCGGCCAGUGGGUACCUGCAGCUGUCAGAGGACUGGAAGUGCGUGACCUACAGCGGCCUGUACCAGAGCUCUUACCUGCACCCCCAGCAGUUUGAAUGUGAGCCGGGGGUGCUGGGCAGUAAGGGCUUCACGUGGGGCAAGGUCUACUGGGAGGUGGAGGUGGAGCGGGAGGGCUGGUCCGAGGAUGAAGAGGAGGGGGACGAGGAGGAAGAGGGGGAAGAGGAGGAGGAGGAAGAGGAGGCCGGCUACGGGGCCGGAUUCGGCUACGGGGACGGAUACGACGGGGGAACGGAUGAGGACGAGGAAUCGCUGGGGGAUGAAGAGGAAGAGGAGGAGGAGGAGGAGGAGGAAGUUCUGGAAAGCUGCAUGGUGGGGGUGGCCAGAGACUCGGUGAAGAGGAAGGGGGACCUCUCCCUGCGGCCAGAGGAUGGCGUGUGGGCGCUGCGCCUCUCCUCCUCUGGCAUCUGGGCCAACACCAGACCCGAGGCCGAGCUCUUCCCGGCACAGCGGCCCCGGAGGGUGGGCAUCGCCCUGGAUUACGAAGGGGGCACCGUGACUUUCACCAACGCAGAGUCGCAAGAACUCAUCUAUACCUUCAAGGCCACCUUCACCCGGCGUCUGCUCCCCUUCCUGUGGCUCAGGUGGCCGGGAACACGCCUCCUGCUGAGACCCUGA